AUGUGCAUACAUUGGCGAGUUUGGUUACGGCCACUGCUGGUAGUGCUGUACGUACUGUUUGUCAUUAUUGUCGUCCCGCUGCUGAUCGCGGAUUCGGUAAAGGAUGGCUUCACGCGCAAGGGACAACUCAUCCUGAUCGGCGGUCUGUUUGUACUGUGCGCCAUACCGAUCUCGAUAUGGCAGAUCGCACAGCACACCAUUCACUACACGCAGCCCCAGCUGCAGCGGCACAUCAUCAGAAUCCUGUGGAUGGUACCGAUCUACGCGCUAAAUGCGCUGCUCUGCUUGAUCUACCCGAGCAAAUCGAUCUACAUGGACAGUAUACGCGAGUGUUACGAAGCGUACGUCAUUUACAACUUCAUGAAGUAUCUACUAAACUAUCUCAACCUGGAGAUGGACCUGGAGCGGGCUCUAGAGUUCAACACACAAACGCAUCACUUCAUUCCCUGCUGCUGUCUUUCGACGUGGCAGAUGGGUCGGGAGUUUGUGCAUAACUGCAAGCACGGUAUACUGCAGUACACGGUCGUACGGCCGCUAACCACAAUCAUUGCAUGCAUCUGCCAACUGAAUCACGUUUACGGCGAGGGUCAGUUCCAAGCAUCGGUAGCAUUCCCGUACCUGGUAUUCAUCAACAAUUGCUCCCAAUCGAUCGCAAUGUACUGUCUGGCACUGUUCUAUCGAGCAACACGCAAUGAGCUGCGGGCGAUGAAACCGUUGCCAAAAUUUUUCUGCAUAAAAGCUGUCAUUUUCUUUUCAUUCUUCCAAAGUGUGAUCAUCUACUUCCUAGUGUAUUACGGCAUCAUAAAGGACAUUUUCGACAGCAACACAUCGGAGUUCGAAUCACAGCUGGAGCUAUCGACCAAGCUGCAAAACUUUCUCAUCUGCAUUGAAAUGUUUUUGGCCGCGCUGGCCCACCACUACAGCUUUUCGCACCAUCCGUACGUGCUCAACAUUCCAGUAGGAUUGAUCGCGCGAGGUAGCAUCAACGGGAGCAGCGCGGGCGGUGCUAGUGGAGGUGGUGUCAGCGGAACAUCACAACCCUGGUACUAUGGGUUUUUGACCAUGCUCGAUCUGUCCGACGUACGGCAGGACGUGUCCGAGCAUCUGGGCGAGGUGGGUAGCUCGCUAAGCCGUCGCUUUAGGGGCCGUGCCGUGUAUAAUCUGGCCCCGGGAAGCAGCAGAACCUGUGAUAUGAACAUUAGCGGAUCGGAGCGCGAAUUCCUGGUACCACAGGAAGGCGGUACGAAUCUGCUCGCGAGCCAAUGCUACCAGAGCGGUCUGUACUACAGCGCGACUGGGACGGGGACCGGUGUGUCACAGCUGUACGGAAGCGGUGGACCGUCGAAACCAUCCGGCAGUGGUACGAUCGGCAAUCCGAAGUACGGUGCACUCGACAGUGGCAUCAGUAUCGUUCGGCCGAAGGUGGAGAAGCUUGUCGAAACGCCGAAUGAAGGCGCACCACCGAAGGAGAUCAACAUAUUCAACCAGUUCCCUUCGACCAAAGCGCUUAAUCUCACGCUCAGCAAAACACCAAGCUACGAGAAUUUAAUUUCACUCAAAACGGAUGCCGAUCCGGCGACGUCACGCGGUACCAAGACGCAAGCCGGUCGACAGCGUUCGUCGAACAACAGCAACAGUGAAUCGAGUUCCUCCCAGCGAUUGAUGCAGCGAUCGGAGAGCAAUGGAAGCGAUUGGCUUAGCACGCCCGAUGACGAACUGGGCAUCGACGUCAAGGGUGUCAGCACGGACAAUAUUAAUAUCAAUACGAAUCGGCAUCGAAAAGCGUAG